AUGAACGACGAAAACGAGGCAGCAGUUGAGGGUGUCACUUCAACUAAGAGCCCUCAAGAACAUACUAUAUAUCGCGGUAAAUCAGUUGUAUUUCACUCAAAACUAGGACUUCGCCGACAAAAGACUCACGUCGACGACAAUCAUUCAGUGGGGACUAUUUCAACUUCAUAUUCCAAGGCCCAUUCUGCUACCUUUUCGGCUCCUCACUUUGACUUCCACAUGCAUUCUCCAUCGGCGACGACUCCAACCACAUCUCGACCUCAAAGCCCCACAAGGCUGACCUCUGCACCGGGCCAAGCCAUGGAGCUUGGUCUUGUUGGUAUCGGAGAGCAUGUCAACGCAUUGCCCUUAGGCAAGUUCAUCGCAGAUUUGCCGAUUCUCUCUCGAGAUCCCCGCCUACCAGAAUCUCGCCUCCCCCCUGACGGAGCUAGUACUCCGACUGGGAUCUACAACGCGGCUGAGUCACCGAUUAGUUCUCGAGAGUCCGACUCUGGUUCCGAUAUCUGUCGCUCUGAUCUUGAUCUAGAGAAUGCUGCCAACAUUGCUUUAUCCCGUUCUCUUGGGGUGUGUCUUAACCGGCUCAGUCACCCUGUUCGUGUCAUCGAGGCGUUCUCCAAGUUUAAAGAUCAGUGCGUCGAGAUCCUGCAGGAAGAGGAAGCGUUUUCGACUAUUGAUUGGGAUGACGACGGCUUUUCCUGCUACGAUGUGGAAGAAGGAGAUGCUAGCAACGGCAGCUCAGCAUCGGAUGAGACCUCAAAUCGAGCUCAGCAAUCAGAGUCGAGAACAAAGAAGCGACCGGCUGAAGAACAAGGCGGAGAUGAUGGCCACGACGAGAUGGACGAGAAUGCUGGUCAAGAUCAGGGCCCAACAAGAAGAGGACGCAGCAAGAGACGAAAGAUCGGGCGUCCAGGGGGUUUUAGCUGCCCCUUUAGAAAACGUAACCCCUGGAGAUUCAAUGCUCGGGAUUUCGAUGCCUGUGCCAACAAGUCCUACAAGCAUAUGACGGAAUUGAAGAGACAUAUUAGCGCGGAGCAUGGGAACCAGUCUUGUACUUACUGUGGGCAACCACGAGCGGCUGGAGACCACCCGCCUGAAGUUUGCCUUCGCAACCGACAGUUGAAUCCCAAUUCCGACCCAAGAGACCCCGAAGAUGGCGUGGACAAUCUCAAAGAUGAGUCUCUCAGAAGCCGGGCUGCCGGCUGCAAAAUCCAAACUUGGGGACAAUUGUGGAAUCUGCUUUUCCCCGAUGAUGAAGAGAUACCUUCACAAACCUUUGAUCCUGUGAUAGAACACCACGACAUAGCCGCGGAGGGAUGUGAGAAAUUUGUCCUGAAGACUGCCGAAGACAUCUUCGAUUUCGUACCACAAAGUUCUGGUCUCUCAGUACCGGCCCUUCAGGAGAUCCUGCACAAAAGCAUAAAAGUUCUUCUCCGAGGCUCCAAGUAUGCUGACUAUGGGCGUUAUAAGAUGGUGGGAAGCAACGAUAUGAUCCAGAUCUCAACACCCACGAAGGGCAAGUCUGUUGUUCCGGUUGUGCACAAUCAAGUUGACAACGUAUUCGAUGAUGGCGAGUCGCCAGGUGUGAUUGUCACACCGCAAGCUUCGCCACAGGACGCAGGUGUGAUAUCCAAAAGUACAUCAACGGGUUUGAAGUCUGCUUCAAUCAUACGUGAACGACCGAUUGCACCUAAAGUGGAGCGAGUCCCUACUUCAAAUGUUCCUCAGAAGACUUGUCUAGCACCUGGUGCGUUCAUACAAAAUGGGUCUCCCAUCUCCACUGGAGGUCCUCAAACCCUCAUUCUCCCGGAUCUACCUACUGGAGAUGCCAUGAAUUGGCUAGACGCGGACUUGCAAAAUUGGGAUGAGGGUUACGGGGACGAUUUCGUGGAUAUGGGAGUAAUCAACGCCGAAGAUCUCUGGACGUCAUCUAUGGUCCCAGAUUCGAUGUCGAAUUUCCCGCCAUUUGACGGUCCUGGAAAUGGUAGCUAG